AUGUGUCCAGAGUUUGUUCAUGCUGGAGCCAUGAAUCGACAUUCUUUCUUCAAAGCAAGAUCUGCGAGUCGACUGUGGAACGCUGCCUCCCUCAUGGGUGCUGGCUCUAGUCCUGCCAAUGCCAGCUACCCGUUCCUGUCACAAGAGAAGAGGUACCCUGGAGAAGAUGCAUCUAUCCAGUCUCGGUCUCGAAACCAAGCCCGGCCACCCAAGCGUUCCUCGCUGAUGUCGAUGAGUCCGAGCAAUGGGAGUCCACUGGGCAUGAUGGGCAAGAAGGGCCGCAUGGACGACUACCCGGGAUACGAGAACGGACACUUGGCAGCCGAGCAAGCGGACAAGCCUCAUCACGGCGGGGGUGCCCUGCUGCCCAACGGUUUCAGCCCGCAGCAAGCGGCUGCCGCCGCGGCCGCUGCCCACCUGAACGCCACGCUGCCCUUCCUCGCCCUGGGCUCGCACCCGCACCCUGGCGGUCUGCUGAGUGCCGCCAUGGGGAUUCCCCUGCCCGGCGCCACGCCGCACCACCCGCUGGGAGGCGCAGCACCCUCGCGCACCGACCACCACCUCGCCAAGGCCGCGCCGCCUCAGCUGGAUCCGCAAGCCGCCCUGAGGUUGCGAGACGACGGCGGCAGCGUUAGGGACCGGAACUUUUCGUCCUACGAUGGAAGCCGGCUCAAGGAUUCGGUCGCUUUUGUCAACGGCGGCCUUCCGGCGUCGGAGUCCAACGGACAUGGGCCUCCGGUGCUGAACCUGUCGCAACACGGCCAUCGCAACAGCGCGACGCGGGACUACCACGACGGCGCGGCUGCCGACGCCGAAGACGACACCGAGGACGACACUGACGACCGUGACCCCGAGCUUAGCGGCGCCGAAGGAAGCAGCAGUCCCGAGCCCCACGGUGGCGGCGGGGGUGGUGGGGGCCAGGCAGGGACAGGCAUGGACGAGCGCUACGCCCUCGACGCGGCACUUGGUCUGGGCGCCGUGUCUUCGAUCGAGACGCUCCUGCGCAACAUACAGGGCUUGCUCAAGGUGGCCGCGGACAACGCCAGGCACCAGGACAGGCAGAUCAGCAUCGAAAAGGCUGAGCUCAAGAUGGAAGUGCUGCGAGAGCGAGGACUUCGAGAGAGCCUCGAGAAGCAGCUAUCCGAAGAACAGAGGACGAGAGUGUUGUACCAGAAGCGUCUGAAGAAGGAACGCCGGUGUCGAAGACGCAUCCAGGAUCAGCUUGAGCUGGAACAGAAGAAGCGCUCUCAGUACGAAGAGGUUCUACGGAACAGCGCCACCGCCGACCACCGGUCACCGCCCGCGCAAUCACUGCCGCAGCCACAGCCGACGCAUGCGCAGGCAACGCAACAACCAGCGCCACCUGUGUUGUACCAGAAGCGUCUGAAGAAGGAACGCCGGUGUCGAAGACGCAUCCAGGAUCAGCUUGAGCUGGAACAGAAGAAGCGCUCUCAGUACGAAGAGGUUCUACGGAACAGCGCCACCGCCGACCACCGGUCACCGCCCGCGCAAUCACUGCCGCAGCCACAGCCGACGCAUGCGCAGGCAACGCAACAACUAACGCCACCUGAACGAGUGCCAUCGCCAGACAUGGAUCCAGAGCGUCACAGCAGACAAGAAUCCGAAAAGAAAGCCGAGUCCACGACAUCCGUCGGCUAGACCAAGGAGG